UGGUCGGGUUGUUUGGCAAUGUGGCAAUGUGACUCCCUGUGAUCAAAUGGCUGGGGUUGUGCUGUGGCUUUGCUUCGUUGGCUAUCGUAAAGCAGAUGAUCGAUGAACACUGUGUGUGUUUUGUUAGGAAGCACCGCAAGAAUCAUUUUCUAUGUCGACACUUCACCCUCAUUAGUUUGAGCUGGAGUCAUAGUGUCUGUGAGGUUUGGGGUUGAGGUAAUAUACAGGCCUAAAUCUGUAUUUGGCAGAGUGUGGUUGUUGCCCAGUUUUGGCCCUCGUAUCCUCACGUGACUGUGUGUUUUACUGAGCAUCAGUUACCUUGUUUUUAGCAGGGCGAGAGAGGGUCCUAUUUUAAUCAACUCAUUGAAGAUGAGAGCAUACAGACUGAUAGCCGAACAUACCACACCCAACACCACUCAGAGUUAACCUGAGGGCUUGUUUACCAUCUCACUGACUCACCAGGUUAGCAAACGUCUUUGCGAAAAUGCGGUGAGUUUGUGCGCAAUAUCAAACUAAGGAGGUGAGUUAAAAGGAAAAAUAGUGCUAGUCUAUGUUUUCCCUUUCUUUCAUAUUUUGCAUCUCAUAUGGGUCAUUUAAUUUCAAGGCAGCAGUGUAUCUUCGGGAAUAAGUCAACCAUUUAAUCAAUGUCAAUGUUUGCUGCGUGUAGCCUAAGUCAAGCAGUAAAGCAUAUCUCCGACAAUGUAAACAAAGCAUGUGUGAUACACGUGUGAAUCAAGUCCAACAAAAAAAGCUUAUCCGCCUGAAAUAGAUGUUGUUUAUGAGGCAACAGGGGAAUUCAAUCGUGAGAGAGAAAGCCUUGCGUACACCAUGCAGGGCUAGGUGGGAGAGGGUGAGGACGGGCCGCGGAGUGACGGUCGACAGCUGUGUGUGUCAGUUGCUGUUUGGCCCAGCUUGUGUUACUGAAUGAGACCACAGAAGAAGAAUAGGGCGGGGAUCCCAAAUGGUGCUUCUAGUCAAGCGCAUGUAAAGGCAUCUGUCCAAUUCAUCAAGUCAGGCAUGCUUACUUACCAGGCCAACAGCAGUCAUUCGGAGGCGGUGUUAUUCUAUGGUGUUUCUUCCCAGUUUGUGUCUGUGUGCUCCCACUGUGUCCCCCUCUCUGAGCAGGGGGUUCCACAGCCCGGCCCCAGAUCAGGCCCAGCAGUAAAGUGGAUUAAUUAACCGCACAACCAAGACCAUUGCCCUGGAUUAAGGGUCGGUUUAAUCGGGGUGCCAGCAUACUGAGUGAAUUUAGACGAUCAUGCAGGUCAACUGUGGCGCCCAGCUCACUGAUGUUGUUGGCAGUUCUCUGAAACACUUAACCGUCGUCAUGGUGUCUACUUUGUCCUCAAUUUCUCAAGGAUAUCCAUGAGCUCUGACUUCCAACACUACAGUUUCAGGAUGCCUAAUAUAGGGUUCCAGAACCUUCCCCUCAACAUCUACAUUGUGGUGUUUGGGACGGCCAUCUUUGUUUUCAUCCUCAGCCUCCUCUUUUGCUGCUACCUCAUCAGGUUACGGCAUCAGGCCCACAAGGAGUUGUACGCCUACAAACAAGUUAUACAGAAAGAAAAAGUGAAAGAGUUAAACUUGCAUGAGAUAUGUGCAGUGUGCUUGGAGGAGUUCAAACAGAAGGAUGAGCUGGGGAUUUGCCCGUGCAAACACGCCUUUCACAGGAAGUGCCUCAUCAAGUGGUUGGAGGUGAGAAAGGUGUGCCCGCUGUGCAACAUGCCCGUCCUGCAGCUGGCCCAGCAGGCCGGCACCUUGGACGCAGCCGUGGCCAUACCGCAGCCUCUGCCCCAGCUGCCUCUGCCCCAGCAGCCUCUGGCCCAGCUGCCUCUGCCCCAGCAGCCUCUGCCAGGCGUGGAGAACUUGGUGUAGCACACACAUACCUACUACAUCGACACACCCACUCAACACACCCUCACCUGUACAGGUACACGUGUAUGUGAGUGUGGUCGGACAUGAGGAGUGGACGGCGCUCUGCAGACACCCAGCAGCCUGGCGUCUCCAACUCCACGUACUCCACCUCUGUUCGCUGCCUUUGUAAAGUCACAAAAUCGAAACGAUUUGACGGCAACUGAUCAUUUUUGGUGUCUUAUUUUGAUGACGUUUUUUUGGGGACGAUGGAAGGAGAGCUGUCCCAGUUCUGACUGAGGUCACUCUGUUUCCCAACCAAAGCACUUUUCUGGGGACACCAGCGCAAGACGAAUGAAAGACACAAAGUCAGACAACUACGACAGUGAAAUGGAAAUGGCUGCAUUUUUUUCUUUCUUUUUUUUUACAUAACUUUUGUUGUUGUUGUUUUUAACGAGCACUUUAUAAGAAGUCAACCUUGAUUGCUUGUGAGGAGAGUAGUAGCAAGGUUAUAUUUUAUUAAGAUUAGCUUUUCUUUUAUGUGUACAGAGCCACAUGAAUUUUCAUUUGUAGUUGUGUGGACUUUUUUUUUUACUGAGAAAAUAUCUUAAAAGGGACAAUAGCCUUCAAAUCAACGUCUGGAAACACAUUAGAUGCUUAGAACCACACCAUCCUAAAGACCAGAUACUCCUUCACACUUACACCCCCCCCCCCCCUUCCUGCACAAAACAAGUCAACUGAUUACUGAAGGCUUGUGUGUGUGGAGUGUUGGUGUGUUUUGUGAGAAGAGCACUAAGCCUAGUUAACCUCGGGUCAUGGUGCCCACUUAAAUGUGAACAUAGAGGUCAAUGUGCCUAGAAGGCCACUGACUCCUCCCCCACCCUCAUACGAAUGCUCUGCAGAUUGGUACUCACAGCUCGGUGUGUGUGAGUGUGUCUUUGACAGUGUGGCCACGGUCAUUUCAGUAGAGCCAGGCCAUGUACUAAUAUGCCCUGAGAAUGAUGAUGUGACAACCAUGCCAUUAAGAAUCCCCCCCCCCCCCCCUGCUCCUCUGUGGGCCCCUCACUCUAUUGAGACACUAGGAACAGCAUGUCAUCUGCAUCAAUGCUGAUGUUAAACAAAUGGUUAGAAUGAGCUUGGCUAAGAGAAAUGUAACAUUCGUGACUAGUUUGGAAAACCCAUCUGUACUUGGACAGUUCAAACGUCACUGUCCUCUGAAGUUGUUUCAGUUGCCUGUAAAUCUCGGUUCCAUCCAGGAACCUGAUCUCUACACCGUUCUAAACAAGGGUGCCAUGUUAACAGUAAACGUACCUGGUCACACCGUGUGUGUGUGUGUGUGAGAGAGUGCUGCAUAUCCCAUCCACACGUCAGUCAACACACGCUAGGAGCGUCCUGGCUCCAGUCACUUCCUGUCUUAAUGCGAACAGGAAAUGGAGAAACCCGACACCCUGCGUCUGCGGCACUCCUCGGCCCUGCAGCCAAUCAGCAGCCUUGUUUAUUGUUACGUAAGUGAAGGUUUAGUAUCGCUCCCAGCCACAGUGCUCUUGAAGUGUGAGUCAUGGGUUUAGCAGUCAGUGAAUGUCAGAACCCAUAGUUAAAGGUUGCUUGUUUUGUGAUGCGAUUCAGCGUACAGCCCACUAGCAGAACUGUGAGCUGUUCCAUUAGCACAACCACCAGUGUUCCUCUUUGGAUGGGCAGAAAAGGAAAUCACUGAACAAAACCAACUCUUAAUCUUACACCUAAUAAAAAGCAUUUAUACAUAUUUGUACAGUGCACAUAUGUACACGUUGCCAAAUGUUGAGAUAGAUCUCUCAGAUCUGAGAUCUCGUCAGGCCCAAGUCUAUAUUUAGUUACCAAAUACCUCGAUUGCACUUAGAAUGUUGUGAGGUCCUGAAGUAAAAAAAUAUACAUAUAUACAUAUAUAAGCCAAACACUAUGCAAAUCAGAAACUACAACCUGUGGUUGUUGGUGUCAACUGUGGUGUUGGUUAAAUAAUAACCCAUGAUCAAGGUUCUUAAAAAGAACAUGGUUCUGGCCUUUAGCUUAGUUGUAGGUGAGUAUUCUGACCUUGUACCGUAGGAGUUAGCUGUAUGAGUUAGCUGUAUGAGUUAGCUGUUUGUUUGACUGGUCCUAAAACGUGUCAGAAAUCAUGCUGCCCUCAGCAUAUCAUUGUCCCCAGCCCAGCACACCUCUUUGUACUGUUAGCACUGACACAAGGACCGUGCUAAUGACCAGAACACAGAACUGAACACACACACACAGGGAGAGAUGAACGUGAGGCAAGUUAUAGUGAGGCAGCACUUUCAUUCAUUCUCUCGUCACAAAGUGUAGCUAUUUUAGAGGCCUUAUUCUGGGCUUUUCCCUCACCCUUUAUGUGUUAGUCCCACACAGAGCAUUAUGAAACUGGACCCUACUAUGAAACAGGUCAUUUGUGUGAAUGUCCUUUUGCCCUAUUCCUAACCCAGGCAGGUGCAGGCUGCUAAACUGUGAAGGCCACAGACUAGAUCAAGGUGAGAGGUCAUGGCCAUGAUUAGUGUCACAUAAUACUUAAAACGACAUUGCAACUUUCCCUAAAAGAACUCAAGCCAAAUAUUGGAUUUUUGAACAGGGCUGAAUGGUGAUCGAAGCUGUGUUGUUGGUUACUCUCAGAAUGGACAGGGCCUUUUUCACUACGGCCUUCUCAGUGCUAAGAGUCAUACAGCCAUGUACCGAACAGUUGUUUUUUGUGUUUUAAGAUGGACAUCCACAAACAGUUGGAGAGCGUGAUAGCUCAAAUUGCCAGACAAGAGAUUGCAGAGUUCUAGAUUAAUAACUCAUUAAACACUUAUACGAAGCCUCAGUGAAAAGACCUGCCCCUACUUUCUGGAACAUCAUAAAGUAUGGCCUGGUUACAGAUGAACAGUUGUAGAGUAGUAUUUGUUCCAAAUGGGUGAAAAAAGAGAACAAAUUUAGCAGGGAAGUGGAUUUUUUUAUUUUACUUUUGCUUUACUCAUGCGUGUGUUGUAUGUCAAUGUUUGUGAUGAAACAGUCCUGUAGUUGACCAGAGAAUGGAGUUCAAAAAGAAAAAAGUUUGAAAUCACUCAACGUUGUUUGUAUGUGUGAGUGACUUACCGGUUAACUAUGUUUCAGUAGAGUUGUAUCUCUGCCAUACUAUUUAUCACUAAGUAUAUUGCAGAUUUGAUUGAACAAACAGACUGAUAUUUAUUGUCCAUUCCCUAGCCCACCUGUCAAGCAGUGUACAGUAUUUGGACUGCCAACCCUGCCACCUUCUAAACCUGAACACAGCCAGUCUUAAAGCUCCACCCCAAACUCAAGGUUCUGCAACUGAAUGUACAGUUAGGAUAGGAUGUGCAGUUAAAACAGGCGGGUUGAAAUGUGAAUUGCGUGCAUGUGAUUUUGACGACUACUGAAGUCCCAGUUGUUGUCUAAAAGAGAGUCA